GGGCGAUCGGGCCCUCGGACGCCGCGGCUGACGAAUGGGCGCGCAAGGGCGGCUUCAUCCACAAGCCCGCGCACGGCUGGCUGCACCCCGACGCCAGGGUCCUGGGGCCCGGGGUCUCCUACAUCGUCCGGUACAUGGGCUGCAUUGAGGUGCUCAGAUCCAUGCGCUCCCUGGACUUCAGCACUCGGACCCAGGUGACCAGGGAGGCCAUCAAUCGGCUCCACGAGGCCGUGCCAGGCAUCAGGGGCUCCUGGAAGAAGAAGGCGCCCAACAAGGCACUGUCCUCUAUCCUGGGGAAGAGCAACCUACGCUUUGCCGGCAUGAGCAUUUCUGUGAACAUUUCCAUCGACGGCCUUAACCUCUCGGUGCCCGCCACCCGUCAGGUCAUCGCCAGCCACCACAUGCAGUCCAUCUCCUUCGCAUCGGGUGGUGACACGGACAUGACGGAUUAUGUGGCCUACGUCGCCAAGGACCCCAUCAACCAGAGAGCCUGUCACAUCCUGGAGUGCUGCGAGGGCCUGGCGCAGAGCGUCAUCAGCACCGUGGGCCAAGCCUUCGAGUUGCGCUUCAAGCAGUACCUGCACAGCCCCCCCAAGGCAGUCGUGCCCCCCGAAAGGCUGACCGGGCUGGAGGAGUCGGCCUGGGGGGAGGAGGAGGAGGCCGAGGGACACAACUACUACAACAGCAUCCCGGGGAAGGAGCCGCCGCCGGGCGGGCUGGUGGACUCCAGGCUGGCUAUCACGCAGCCCUGUGGCUUCGCAGCGCUCGGCCAGGGAGCAUCUCCAUUGCGAAGAGACACCCGCAGCCUGCAGUGGGACCAGUGCUCUUCCGGCUCAGCCCUGCCGGGGGAUGGCUAUGUGCAGGCAGAUGCCCGGGGGCCUCGGGACUAUGAGGAGCACCUGUACGUCAACACACAGGGUCUGGAUGCCCUGGAGCCCGAGGACCUGGUGCCCCCGCAGCCUGAGGAGAGCCCCAAGAAGGACCUGUUCGAUAUGCGACCCUUUGAGGAUGCUCUGAGGCUGCACGAGUGCUCGGCGGGCAUUGCAGAGGAUCAGUGGCCCAGUCCCCCCACCCGCCGGGCCCCCAUCGCUCCCACGGAAGAGCAGCUGCGCCAGGAACCCUGGUACCAUGGCCGCAUGAGCCGCCGGGCGGCUGAGAGGCUGCUGCGAGCUGAUGGGGACUUCCUGGUGCGAGAUAGCGUCACCAACCCCGGGCAGUACGUCCUCACGGGCAUGCACGCCGGGCAGCCCAAGCACCUGCUGCUGGUGGACCCCGAGGGUGUGGUGCGGACGAAGGAUGUGCUGUUCGAGAGCAUCAGCCACCUCAUCGACUACCACCUGCAGAAUGGGCAGCCCAUCGUGGCUGCCGAGAGCGAGCUGCACCUGCGUGGCGUGGUUGCACGGGAACCCUGAGCCGAUGCCCAGGUGACUGUUAGCGGCUCCUGCCCCCAGGUGCCCCUGUCGUGGCCUUAUGGGCACUCAGCCUUCCUCUCCGGGCCUGUCGGGCUGGAACCACAGAACCGCUGCUGUCUCCUCCACGGGAGCCUCGGGCAUCCCUUCCUGCCUGUGCCUGCUGCCCCGCACCAAGCCAGGCGCUCAUACCAAAGACAGAGCCUUCCUCGCCUUCAGAGCAGACACUUGGGGGUGCAGCCGUGCCUGGCCUCGCCCCACCAUCCCCGUCAUGGGCAGAGACCCCAUGUGCUCCUCCCUGGCUGGACUUGAGUUAUGUGCCUGGUCCCCGCCCCAGUGUGCACAUGUGGGGCCUGCCCUGGCUAGACUCUUGCCCACCUGAGAUACCAGGUGCCCACUGUCUUGUUGGGGGGAGAACUAAGGUGCUUUGGGGGUCUCAGGCGAGGGCACAUGCUAAUGUUAUGGGGGGGGCAGUCCUGGGGCCUCCCUUGGCUGCUCCAGGUUAGGAGACUGGGAGACUGUGAGGCCCCCGCCUGCCCUCCAGCUGCAGACUGGACUGGACAUUGGAUGUUUGUAAUUAAACCUGGGCGUGAUGACAGCCUGA